AUGAAGUCAUUAAGUUGCGCUCUCAUCUCAGGCUUCGCGCUGUCUGCUGUCGCAAGCCCAGUCAUCGACCCGCGUGUCUACAGCAUCAACGAACGUGGUAUGAUUCAAAAAAGCCCGAGACAUGAAACAGGGCGCGAGAUUAACGUCGAAUCAGAUACCGUGACAGCAGCCGAAGUUACGUCCCUUCAGUUCUAUGCCGAAUAUGCUGCGGCCUCCUACUGCAACAGCAAUGUGUCAGUUGGCACAGCUAUAAGUUGCGAUGGUGACGCCUGCGCGGAGGUCGCAUCGGCCGGCGCAACUGUUGCCGCUACAUUCUCGGGUGUGAUUACCGACGUCGAGGGCUUCCUCUCGACAGACGACACAAAUGAGCUGAUUGUCGUAUCAAUUCGGGGCUCCUCGUCCGUUCGCAACUGGAUUACUGAUUUCGUAUUUCUCCAAGUGGGCUGCGACCUCGUAUUUGGCUGUCUGAUUCACGCUGGUUUCAUGACGGCCUGGCUGGAAAUCGAAGAGAAGCUCCUGGCUACCCUCGCAACUGAGACUGCCGCACACCCGUCAUACCAGAUCGUAUUCACCGGGCACUCGCUCGGCGCCGCUGUGGCCACUGUCGCGGCCGCGUUUGCGCGGAACGAGGGCUACGCCAUCGACCUCUACACCUACGGCAGCCCGCGUGUGGGCAACGAUGUUUUUGUGAAGUCCGUGACGGACCAGGCCGGCAGCGAGAACCGUGUGACGCACCUUGACGACCCGGUGCCGCGACUGCCGCCCAUCCUGCUCAACUACCGCCACACGAGCCCAGAGUACUGGCUGUCGGACGGCACGUCAAACACGACCGACUACACGGCGGCCGACAUCAAGGUGUGCGACGGCUUCGCCAACAUCAACUGCAACGCCGGUACGACGGGCCUCGACACCGACGCCCACGGCUACUACUUCCAGGUCAUCGAUGGGUGCGGCCCCGGGGGCUUCGAGUUCAGGCGGCGGAUGAUGGCGCGUGACGUUGAUUCCAACGUCACGCGCGAUAUGGCCACCUCGCCGCCCCAGGACGUCACCGACGCGGUGCUCCUCGCCAAGCUCGACGACUGGGUCGCGCAGGAUAUCGAGUUCGUGGCAAACUUGUCAUAG